GCGCUACAUCCGCAGAGUUCUCGGUGUCCUCCUCUUGGCGUCCUUUUGCGAGGUGUUUGUGACCUCGGAGGAUUUAAUUAUAAUAUGGAAACGUACCCCCAAUGGAAGUCGUUCUUUACCAAAUCGAGGAAAAGCGAAGUCAUUGGAUUAUGGACGCAAUCACGGAAAAAUUAAAUCCGGCUAUCAUUUUGACGGAAACGAUUUACAUGCACCGGUAGAUGAUUCCCUUGACGAUUUGUCAGGCGAAGUGAUUAGCAGAUCCGCUUUUGAGGACAAACGCGCGUUAGAAAAUAAAUUCGCUCGCAGAGGCUUCGAGCUUUACGGAUCGAAUCGUCGGUCCGUCGAUCAACUUUCGCUCGCCGAACAAGAAUAUAUCUCAGCUCGAAAAGCUCUUGCCCUUGGCCGAUCAGAAAUUGACGUUCAAAGACAAGAUCAACAAUUCCAGCUCGACAUGGCAGACCUAGUGGAGCAAAAUUGUGGGACAAAUCUGACGGAGAAGAGAAACUUUGACAUUUGCGGGGUGAUGUCGCAGUUGAGGAUGAUAAACGAUUUGUUGGACGAGAGGAGUACCCUCGGCAAAAGGCUGUCCAGUAAAAAUCUGUUGAGACUAGACGAAGUGCUCUCGGUGGACAUCACGAUGUACCUGGCAGAAAAAAUUAGAGAGUUGACGAAGGAAAAUGGAAAACUAAGGCAUGCAAAGUUGGUUAAAAGUCCCGUGUACACCUUGAAGGAUGCAGGAAAGUGCGAGGGAAAGAAGCACCUAGAAUCGGGGGAGAAAGGAAGGUUAAGAGACGAUGAAAAUGGCGGAGUUUACAACACGAGGAAAUAUUCCGGUCAAAAUAGUGUUAUUUUAAGAUUUGGAAAAGAAAACAGGGGUGACGAAGGUGAUAAAGAUAACUUUCAGGAUGAAUUCGCUUUUCCGAUCGACGAUGUAGAAUAAAUCGGACAUUUCUGCAGUUACCUCCGAUUUCAAUCAUGAAAUUUCUAUUUAUUAAGCCGCUUCAAUCUUUGUCAGGGAACGCGUGCCUCAAGCCGUUAAUAAAUCCCUUUCCCCCAA